AUGAAUAUGUUGGAUGAUGAAGAUGACCAAAGCUUUCACGCUACGCGUGACGGCUACUCCCAUUUGAGCGAUGUCGAAUGGGAUGCGGUUGAACGAAUGGGUUCGACCAUGGGCAUCCAUGCAAUUAGCGUCAUGCUAGAGGCUCUCAAUAGAGAUGCCCAACAUGCUGCUAUCGCCAAGUUCAUUCAAAAUGAACUUGACGCAGAACGCGAGAAAGUAGCCUUGCUUCACCAACAAGGUUCUCAACAAGCAGAGUUGUUGAGAGAACAAGGUGCUCAACAGUUUGAACUGUUGAGACAGCAGCAGGCUGCUGCUGGCGGGUCGAUGCACUCGCGUCGGCCCGAGACUUUGAAGAUUGACAUCUCAAAGUAUAGGGGGGUCGAAGAAGACUCCCUCUUGAGAUGGUUCGUCGAAUUGGAUGACGCCAUAAGGGCGCGUCGCAUCGACGACGGGGAUAUGCAAGUUGCAUUUGCCCAGUCAAAUCUGGCAGGACGUGCCAAGACUUGGGCACUGAGGCUCAAGCUGCACGACCCAUACGCGUUUGGGUCGUUGGAAGUCUUCAAGUCGCGGCUCAGACAAACGUUUGAACCGCCUAGAGCUGAGUUCAGAGCUCGAACCGAACUCUUGAAGCUCAAGCAGGGUAAGCGUGAUGUGCACGCUUACGCUCAACAUAUACGACAUCUCACGAGUUGUAUAAGUUCCAAUCCGGUGGAUGAACACACGUUGGUUUCGGUGUUCAUGCAGGGUCUUGCGGAUGGUCCCGUCAAGACUCACCUGUUCCGGCUUGAACUAGAUUCACUAGAACAAGCCAUUUCCAUUGCGGAGCAGGAAGACUUCAGUCUGAGACAGGCUCGCGCCAGCUCGACAUCAUAUCGUCAACCGAGACGAUAUGACAACGGAGGUCCAGAGCCGAUGGAACUCUGUUAUGUAGAGAGCGAGAAGGCUCGCUCUACAGGCUACAAGAAGUUGCAGAGAUGCAACAGAUGUCAAAAGACAGGACACUACGCUUACGAGUGUAGUGCCCCUCGUCCAGUGUCUCGCGACACUGGGCGUAGUGACCGUCCACCCAUGAGAAAGGGGCAGGGACGAGGGUCCGCAGUUGGUGCAAAGACGCAACAACGGGAUGGACCGUCAAAAAACGGACAGGAUCAGUAG